UAUUUAUUUUACAAUAUGAGGCACUUUACAGUGUUAAUUUGUUAUUGUUUGCUGGUGGCCAUAAAUGCUAUUCCCUCGAAACUUUCUCUAGAUGACUCCAAUACUCAUACCGAAAUGGUAGAUCGUAAUAAUCGCCAACAGGUCUUGAAAAUCUUUAAUUUGACCGAGGCUCAAAUGAGCCGCAUUUAUGCCGGCAUAAAUGCUGCCAAUAAGGAGUCCGAGGCCGAUGGUAGGACCAUGCAAUAUUUUAAUAACAUACGAGAAUUUCGCAUUAACGACAUAAGAAAUCGCAUUAGUAAUGCCAUACAAAAUGUCAAUUCCGAGGAGAAUCAAGAACAACAUCCCCUCCACGAAAUGGCUGCCUAUCCCACAUGUAAUUCGGAAACGACCGAGUCUUCUUGGCUGCAGGACAACAAUAUCACCAUACAAUUCUCGCAAACUUUGUUCGAGCAGAGAAAAGAUUUGAAUUUGGAUUCGGCCAUAUUGAGAUUGUACAAAAUCAAUCCCAAUAAUACCAAUGAACAAAAGCAUGCAAAUGCCAGCAAUGAGGGAGACGCAACCAAGAUCGCAGAUGAUGUAAGCGAUACCGAAGAUAGUACUAAACUAAAGAGAUGCGCUGAACCGAAUAUGGAUGCUCAGAUCCGUGUUACCGUAUCCAUAGUCCAGCAAAUGCGUCGCAACAAACGUGGUGUGUAUGAACGCAAGAAGCGCAUUUGCAACACCGUCAUGAUGAAUGUCUCCCAAACUGGCUGGGUUGAAAUUGAUAUUAAACGUGCCAUUUACAUUUGGGAGGAGACCGCCAAACAGUUGCAGCAAACCCAACAGAAUCGUUCUCCCAUUCUGGUGGGCUGGCUGAUGAUCGAAGUGCAUGAUGAGGAAGAGCAGCCCUUGAAGCCAGGCCUCUUCUUUAAGCCACCAAAUUGCAAUCAGGCAGAUAUUGCAAUCCCAUGGAAUUACUACAGACCGGACACGUCUAUGCCUUCAUUUGCAACGCACGAAGUGCCAAGGUACCCAAGAAUAGAUGUCAAAAUGAUUGGUUACGCCUCUUUUGCGCCCAUCAAUCAAAAACAUAACAAGGACGAAGAAGGAAUGUAUGCUAAUCUAAAACGUCAAGUAUUUAAUCUCACCCAUGAAUUACACGAUACCGAAUCGACCACAUAUUUAGCACCAACCGCCGACAAUCACUUGGAUCCCAACGACAACACAGCCUCAAUAAAUGAAGAAAAGGAAAUGCAGCAACAACUACACCGGGAACAUUUCCAGCACAAGCGACACUUGAAAUUGCAACAGCUUAAAGAACAAUUGGAAGAGGUGGAACAACAGAACAAACAAACAAUAGAGCAGGAGGAGUUGAAGGAGUUAAAGGAAAUGUCAGGACAACAACAAGCACAGCAUAAACACAAACACCAUAGACACCAUCAUCGUCAUCAUCAUCGUCAACAGCAGGCACAUUAUCACAUCAAGGCUAAUAAUGAUGACAAUGAUGAUAAUGUUGCAGCUACACAAACUCCAACAAGUAACGAACAACAACAGAAUGAUGCAAAACUCUUGCAACAUAUUGCUCAUAAGUUACAGCAAGAACAAAGACAACUGCAUCUCUUGCAUCAACAGCAACAGCGAGCUACAACAUUUAAUAUUUAAAUUGAUACAAAUUCAAUUAUAAAUGAAAUAGAAACAUUUCCACACACAACAUAUCUCAGUAAGAUAAAUUUAGUCACUUUAGAUUAGAUGGCACACAUUUCAUAUACAAACAUACAUAUUUCCAUUCCACAAAACACUCCUCACCUCAACUUAAAUUCAUGAUGCGUCUCUAUAAACUGCUCAACUUUAUCUGUUUAAAUGGUUAAAUAGAAAACCAUUUAUGAUUGUUUUUUAACAGGGUUCCUAAUCGGAAAAAAUUUCUCGGGAAUAUUUUUGAGACAUUUCCGGGAAAUUUUGGGAUUUUUUUUCUAAAACUCAAAAGUAUGAUCUUAGCACUGAUAAUAAAGAUUCGUUGUGAUUCGUUUCCAAUAGAAUGAUUAUCAGUAGAAAAUCAGUUGACACAGAAGAAUUACGAUUUAAAUAGCCGUAUUUGUGUCACUCCAACUAUAAUUUUUUAGCCACAACAGAAAAAUUUGGUCAUUUAGACCAAAUCAUUUGAUUGGAAAUAAAUUCGGUUAUCACAACCGAAACAAAAUUAACUUAUCCAGUAUGUCUACUUAAUACAAAGUUUACAUGGAUAGUCAGCCAGCCAUCUAGACGGAUGGACAUUUAAAAAAUGUUUCUGAGUCGAUCGGAUGGUGUAGAGUAUAAAAAAUUCCUGGGAAUUGUCGGAAAUAAACAGGGAAAUUAGGAACCCUAUUUGAAACACUAAUGAUUUAAAUUAUUAUGGGUUUAUUCAGUAGAAACGAGCUGUAAUUGUUAAUCUACACCAUUUCCAAAUAUAAUUCACUGCAGUAUGAACUUCAGUAAUAUUGAUAACAGAGUUUGUCGCACUGACAUUUGAUCAACUGUAUGAGAAAAUAUAGAUUGUACAUCUGGGUCCACACAAACAUAUCAGACAUCUCUGAUCUUGCAACAGACAAUAAAACAUAAAUUUGAGCUACUAAUCAUAUUUGGCAACACCAGUUGUGAGUUAACUUGGAUCCUAAAAAUUAAAGAAAAAUAUUUCACAUUUGAUUGGAAAUGGAGUAGAAAGAAACCACAUCAAAAUUAUCAUUAUCAUUAAUGUUAUAUGUAAGUUUAAUUUUAAAUUAUUUCUGUUAAAGGCUGGUUUACUUAAAUAUCGGUGCUUAAGGCAGUUCGACUCAGUGCCGAUAUAAAAAUAUAAUAACUAUAAGUAAAUAUUAAAAUCAAUGAUUUAAAUUAAAUCCUCUUUCUAACACGCACACACCCACUCCCCUGAUCCUCGAAGGCUAUUAAUUAAUUAAUUUAUUAUUAACUACCCAGAAAUUUGUUUAAUAUUUUAAACUUAUUUAUUAUAAAAGUAAAAUUGUCAAAUUUGUAGUCAGUAGUUAUUGAAAAUUUAAAAAAAUUAAGAAAAUUUACAAAAAAUAAAAAUAAAAAAACAACAUGACGUAUAAACCUUGCUGCAUUUCCUGUGAUUGUUUAUAAUUUUUUGUGUAUUUUAUAUGUGGUUGAUUCUAUAAUUAUAAUAAUUACGAUUACAUUUAUUAAUAAUUAAUUAAUAUUU